CCCACUCCUACUCCCAGUGAGAGGAUUUGGCUUACAGCACCCAGCUCACAGGCUCCCGCCCUCCUCCAGCUGCACAGCCUGCCAAAGCUGGAAUCCUGAGUCUUGCCUGUAUUUUGCUAAACAACUUGGGACCACAACAUACAGAAUCAUUUUCUGCAGAAGGCAAAGGAUACAAUAAAGGGGAACUGGCAGCCUUUCCCUGUGGUCGUGCUUCCCCUCCACCAUGACCAUAGACUUUCCCUGCAAAGAGGAGAGGAUCUAUCAAUGGGCAUUAGAGCAACUCUACAUUGCUAGAAAUAGCAGUGCAAAUGGGAAGCGUGACUUGGGAUCUUUUAACAGCUAAAGAAAUGUGAAUGUAUUUUAACCUGCUAAGUUCAAGUUACCCACAUGUAAGUUUAUAAAUCACCACUUCAGAACGGAAGGAGUGACGGAACAAGAUGGCGACACUGUCUAAUGAUACAGCACUGAAUUCCCUCCUCUCCAAAUUAUUACAAGAAUACGUAGCCCAGACAAAUAACUCUGCGUCUUCCCACCAUGGAAAACCCAAUGACAACCUGCAAAUCAUCUAUGUGCUCUUAUUGAUUGGUUUCUUUGGCUUUUUCACAUUUGGAACAAUGCUUAGCAACAUCCGCUCUAAAAAGUUGGAGCACUCAGAGGAUCCGUAUAAUGUGUACAUUGCAACAGACACUUGGCGUAAGGUGGAUGAGGCAAAUUUUCAUGCCAGACUUGUGGGAACUUAUAAAUCAUACUGUGUGUUUGAGAACCAACUUGCUGUGGAGCAGGCUAAUAAUGAGAUUCCUCAGAUAAAGUCUUUAUAGAGAAAAGGGAUAAAAAAUGGUCUGUUAACUUUACAGGUACAGAGUCAGAUCUUCACCUGGUACAAAUGGAAGUAGCUCCUGGCCCAUCUAAGACAAAAUAAUCUUAAUGUAGAACAAAAACAAAAACUCUUUCUGCAUAUCAUCUACCAUGGUGAGGUAGCACUGCAUUGUAUACACUACUUGUUCCAAGAAAUUGGACAAUUGUGCUGCAAAAGCUUUCAACCUUGAAUAUCAGGUUGCAGUAAUCUUUAAGAUCAAGAUCAGUAGAAGCCAGUUCCUCAGAUGGCAUAAUCAGCACAGUUGCAUUCUCCUCACUUCUGGGGCUGGUUUAAAAAGUGUUUUAUACUUUGAGGCUGCAUCUCAUAGUGUUCCAAUGAUCAAAAUGUAGAACCUGCUGGUAGCAUUUGUAAUAACUGGCAUAAGUCAAACAAGAAGUCAGACACAAGCUAAAAUGUUAACAAUUAAGUAGCAUAUUCUAGGAAAGUCCACAAUUCCACAUUCUCAAAAUAUGGAAGAAGCUGAUCAAUAGAGCUAGUUGAAAUUUAUCAUUUAAUUUUUUUCCGAAGGAAAACUAUCUUGUAACUAAAUGAAAAAUUGUGUGAAAGAUUUUUGUUUAUUUCCAAGUUAUCCAUGUUUGUGAUGAAAAUCUGAGGGGGAAAAAUUGGUUUCCAGUUUUGCAUAUAUCAACAUUGGAAAACUAUUCCAUGAAAAAUGUGAAUACAAUUUUCCAACUGGCUUUAACAGAUUUGUCUGUACUUUUCCCUUCCUUCUGAACAAAGAUUAAAUUCACUCAAGUGCAAAUGUCUAUACAUCACUUAAAUUCUACUUAUGAGCUAUUGUGAAGGCUGAAGUGAAGCUUAAGUAGUGCAUAGGUCUUUUGCUGCCAGUGCACAAGGUGAAUUUCAUAUUAUGUAAUGAGUUUAUUUAGCAAAUCUCUGAUAUUUAGGCCCUGAUUUAGCACUGCACUUAUCCAUGUGCUUAACUUCAAGCUUCUGAGUUCAAAAACACUCCAAAAUGCCAGUUUCUUGUUCAGUAAAUUUCCUUUAUUACACAGUGGCCAAAGUUCAGCCCAGCUGACAGCAAGAUUCUUUUACCUGUGGUGUACUUGUUUUCACCCUCUCCCAUGCCAUUUGUUUGAUACUGAGUCAAGCAGAAAUGCAUCAGCUGAAUUCAGCAAUUUGGAAAGGGCAAAAGUUAAGCAGGAAGCAUUACUUGUCUCUGCUAAAAAAAGGGGAAUGUGCCUUCCCCAGGCAAUGCAUAAUCAAAAAUAGGGAUCCCUGCACCUCACCUCUCUGCCUGGUCCCAGAAGAGCAUGAUCAGAGCAAAAAUACUGUUUCAGCUACGCCUCAAACAGUUUCUGGUUCAAAAUUUCUUGAAAUCAAAGUGAGGUAGGAAGACAGUUCCCCACCCCUGGGUUGGAGGAGUUCAUGUGAAGAGGCACUUCAGUGUGCAGAACAAGCAAGCAGAUGGCUAGAAAGAGAAGUGCAGCAAUACAGGCUGUUCCACAACACAUACUUGGACGACAUAUUGCUGUCAUUCACUGUUAGAGAAGAAACAGGUGACCCAGGAGCAGAUGGGGUAAACGGAACUGCUUUAUUGCCUAUGCACGUUUACCUCGGACAACACAAUGUCCGAGUGGCAACAACCUGGUGCCAAUUAAAUCCUUUUAUCUAUUUUAAUACAGCCUCUCUCCGACUUACGAACUGGUUACAGACCAAGCAAUUGGUCAUAACUUGGUUUGUUCAUAAGUCAGACCCCAUAGAGUUACAUGCUACCGUGCUGUUCAUAAGCGCGGAUCGCAUUCGUAACUCGGGGUUCGCCAUUUACAACAGCUUCGGUCGUAACUGCAAACUGUUGUAAGUCGACCGCUCACAACCCAGGGACCGGCUGUAUGUUAAUUCACACAUCUAGCAUUACUUUUCGUAAAGCCUUAUUUAGUAAUGUUAACUCCCAUAAAAUGAAUAUUAAUAAGCAAAUAAUGAAUACAAUUAUACCCACCCCUAAUUACUAUUUGUAUAAUUUCUAACUGAAUCCACACUUUUAUACUACAAACUAACAAAUUACAGAGAUUACAAGAAAUUCGACCCUGAAAAUAUGUUAUGCAGAGCCAAUGAGGAUAAGCAAGAGACAUAACAAAAUAGAGCAACUACAUACUUAUCUAAUUUCCUAGGCUACGGAACAGAGAGAGAGAGCACGGUUAUAUAUCAUAGAUAAUGCUGGUCUCAACCGGACCCUAUCUUCCCAAACUACAAAACAAAAGGAAAAAGCAUGUUUAAGAGUAAUGCUGCGUUUGAACCCUGAACCACUAAUGCGAAGAGGCCAUUUC